AUCUGGACAAGUGCUAGUAAAGAAUCAGGCAGCACAACGACAGCAGAAUCAUGAAGACCAUAGGCUUUCUUCUCCUCAGUCUGACACUAUUCUUCCUCUACUCAGAUAUUGCCAUUGAAGCAAAGGAAACACAGAUUGACUGUAAAGGCUACCCCCGAGACAUGUGCACUUUGGAGUUAAAACCACACUGUGGUUCUGAUGGCCAUACUUAUGGCAACCAAUGUUUGUUCUGUAAUGCAGUUGUCCAAAGCCGUGGAAAACUUAGACUGAGUCAUUAUGGAAUGUGCUAACAAAAUGAAGAAUGAAGAACAUCUGCUAAACUAAGAAACAGAUGCCUUGCUCAUUGCACCACCACAAAGGCAUCCAUCAUUUCCUUGUUUUUGGUCCAGUAGUUGAUCAAAAUCUUGUGAUGCCUUAAUCUGUUUUAUCAAUAAAUAAGA